CAGCAAGAAAGACAAGGAGCACCACCGAACAGCAAUGGCAUCUUUAGGGCUGCAGAUUCUGGGCGUCGGGCUGGCGGUGCUGGGAUGGAUUGGAAACAUACUGAUCUGUAUGCUGCCUCUGUGGAAGGUGUCUGCUUUCAUCGGGAACAACAUUGUGGUGGCUCAGACUAUCUGGGAAGGACUGUGGAUGACCUGUGUGGUGCAGAGCACUGGCCAGAUGCAGUGCAAGGUCUACGACUCCCUGCUGGCCCUGCCUCCGGACCUCCAGGCGGCUCGGGCUAUGGUGGUCAUCGCCAUCCUGUUCUCUCUGUUUGGCCUGCUGCUGUCUGUGGUCGGAGGGAAAUGCACCACCUGUGUUGGGGACAAGGUAGCAAAAGCCAGAGUGGCCAUGUCCGCAGGUGUUUUCUUCAUCCUGAGUGGAGCUCUGUGUCUGGUGACUGUGUCUCUGCCUGCUAAUACUAUCAUAAAGGACUUCUACAACCCCAUGGUCCCAGACGCCCAGAGGAGGGAGCUGGGUGCGUGUUUGUACAUGGGCUGGGGAGCAUCGGGACUACUGCUGAUCGGUGGUACUCUCCUCUGCUGUCAGUGCCCGACAGGAGGAGACCGGUAUAAUGGAGCAAAGUACUCUGCGCCUAAAUCCACAACGCCCGGGAAGGAAUUUGUCUGAGUAGCUGCAUUACAUGAGAAGCAGCACCCUUUGAAAAGCACCUGACUUUACAUACAGCACAAACCUGUUGCUUAUCAAUUUCUGAUUUGCAUUGUGACUAACUUUUGACUAACACAUUGUGGCCUUUUGUUUCUGUGACAUGCAAGAGACCCUAUAAGACAUGUGCCAUGUUACAAUAAUGCAACAUGAAGUUAAGAUUGAAGCUUAAUUUGUUUGUUUUGAUUUGUUAUAAUUUCGAUAUUAAUUCACUCUCAGACUCUUCUGAUGUUUUCAUUCAUCUUCUUUUGUGCAACAUAAGCACUUAAGAAAAAGUAAUGUAUUCAUCGUGUGAUUUGUUUUCAUUCAGACAAUAAACUGAAUUUUUGUCAGCGAUGUUUUUUUGAUAUGCCUGAUCUGGUGGAACAUAAAGUACAUUUACUUGAGUACUGUUUUUACAUAAUCAAUUUAUGAUACUUAUCUUAAGCUAUUAUUCUAUGCCACAUUUCAAGGGGAAAUAUUGCACUUUUCGCCCAUUACUUAUUUAACUGCUAUAGCUUUUUUUUUUUUGUUAAAUAUUAAGAUUUUACACACAAAAUUAUGUUAAACUUAGAUGGCGUGAUACAUUGUUAGAGAUUAAACUAUCUCACAGGAUCUAAGGAUAGAGGGUGCUGUAUGCCGUACGGAUUUUAAAGCCCCUUGUGGUUUGUGAUAUUGGGCUAGAUGAAUGAAAUUGACUUGACUAUAUAAAAUAGUUUAAUUUAGCUCCACCUUGACCAACUUAAACAUUAAAAUGUUGCUCCCACAUUAACAUUACAACCCAAUAUACAACACAUGAAGCACACAAUUUUUUAAUGAUU